AUGCCAAAUACAAAGAAUCUCCUAUCUCGAAGAUGGCCCAAGUUGAAGUGGAACCAAAUCUUGAUCAUUUUCACCCUUUCGGAUCUCCGGUAUCCCACGAAAAUUACCUCUCCUCCGGAAGAGAACCAAGAAUCUGAGCAUGCAUCAAUUCAGGAACCCGAAAUACGCAGAACCAGAUGGGGACGACAUUCCAGACCAAAUCCAAGAAUAUUCAACGACCAAGUGGCAACCGCCAACUCUGCAUAUCUGGAGACUUUUUCACCAGCUCUCGACAACGAAGAGCUCCAAGGACAUGAACUACUACAAGCUUAUCACUCAGAGGAGCCACAUCCAUUUGCAUCAAUCUUUGCACUUGCUAGAUCGGCUGAUCCAGAUACUUUGACAUUUGACAAAGCAAUGAAGGCUCAUGAUCGAGCCAAAUUCAUCAAGGCCAUGUACAAAGAACUUGGCGAUCACAUUGGAAGAAAGCAUUGGAAGGUUGUACCCAUCAAGAGUAUUCCAACAUACAGUGGCAAAAGAGCAAUUCCCAUGGUUUGGGCAAUCUUGGGGAGAUAA